AUGUUGGCGGCUAUCAACUCAACUGUCAUCAACACCGAUGAAUUCUUUCCUAGCAUUUUACAGCCCCAUGGAAAGGAGAAACUCACCCCCUGGGUUUUCGAGCAUGCUGACUCUGCCGAUCUGUUCUGUGUUGAUCGCUGGCCCAAAGACGAGUCAAAGGAGUUCCAAGAAAUCUUCCACCUCUUCAACUCGUAUGUCUCCGAGGCUAACCUCUUCGACGCCUUCCUCGCCGAGCCCGACCCCCUUCAAGCCUAUUAUCCCGAAGCCAACCCUAUGACCCUGAUCGCAUUGAGCCGGGCUUGCUGGAAGAUGUGGUGGGGAGAAAGGAGCUUGUAACUCUUCCACGAAAGAGCUGGAAUUAUUCUACGCGAGAGGAGUUUGCCCACCUGAUGACCCUACAGGCCCUCCCUCGUGUUGAGAGAGCUGAUGGAGAGUCUUUAUCGGAAAAUGGGUAUGAGAGGUUCUGGACCUCGAGUCUACUUUCCUGUGGCCACGCACAGACAGUCAUAUCAUAUCGGCGGUCAGAGGUAUGCAGCCAAGCCUGAUGGCGCUAUCACGAUUCGUACUCAGGACCGAGACCUUCCUAUUUUAUUUUUCACGAGCUGGUUUC